AUGUACGACAAGGUGACCAUGAUCAACCUGCAGGACGGAUCCAACUGGACUGGACCCAACCACUGGUACCAGGACCCAUCAGCGCUUCGUCCCCACCACGCCUCGGACGGCUGCCUGCUGGACGAGGACAGCGGGCCGCCCAGCGCGAGAGGGCCGGGGAGAGGAGGGGAGAAGGAGGAGAGAGGAGGCUCCCCGCUCCGGCUGCAGCUGAAGAGGAAGCUGCAGAGGAACAGAACCAGCUUCACCCAGGAGCAGAUAGAGGCUCUGGAGAAAGAGUUCGAGAGGACCCAUUACCCCGAUGUCUUCGCCAGGGAGCGGCUGGCCAACAAGAUCGACCUCCCAGAAGCGAGGAUACAGGUGUGGUUCUCCAACCGCAGAGCCAAGUGGAGGCGGGAGGAAAAGCUCCGCAGUCAGAAGAGGGCAGGUAGCAUCACAUCCUGUUCUCAGAGCCAAGCCCCUCUGACCACUUCCUUCAACACGCCCGUUUACCACCAGCAGCACACAAACAACACAGGGCCCAUGUUGAGUCAGGCUGACUCAUCUCUGUCCAGUUACUCUUCUUUGUCUGUUUUCUCCUCAGCAGUUCAGUCCCUUCCCUCCCCAGCCGUCUCCUCCUAUUCCUGCAUGCUCCCCUCUCCCCCCCGCUCCUUCGACUCCCUCUACACCUCCUCCCACAUGCAGCCGUCCUCAGCCAACACCAAUACAGGGCUUAUAUCCCCGGGGGUCUCGGUACCGGUGCAGGUCCCGGGUUCGGACCCCCAGGGUCUGGGUCAGGAUCUGGGUCAGUACUGGGCUCGGCUGCAGUGA